AGGUGGAAUUCGUUCUUUAACCAGCUGCUUAUUAGUCGAACGGGGUUAACUUGACGUCGGCAUCGUAUAGGAAAUCGUCGUCUGAUAAAGUCCAUAUUGAAGAUUGAAAAUGGCAUCUGCACACGGAAAUCUGGGCCAUCUCUUACCCCUCAACUACAAACGUCUGAUAUCAGAAUGGCUGGAAGAAGACUGUCCCAGUUUCGAUUACGGCGGUUUUGUCGUCGGUGAAUCUGAGGGAGAAGCUAGACUGUUGGGGAAGAGUCCGGGCGUGGUUGCUGGCGUCCCUUUCUUCAAUGAAGUAUUCUCGCAAUUGGGAUGCACAGUGGAAUGGCACGUCCAAGAAGGCGAGAGAAUUACACCCAUCAAAAAAUGCGCCACUGUCCGCGGUCCAGUUCGCAAAAUCCUCCUCGGAGAAAGAGUAGCAUUGAACACUCUUGCUCGUUGUUCGGGCAUAGCCACCAAAACGUCCUCCCUCCUCCAAAGCCUCCGCUCCCACGGCUGGAAUGGCACACUAGCAGGCACCCGCAAAACAACCCCGGGUUUCCGUCUGGUCGAAAAAUACGGCAUCCUAGUCGGAGGCGCAGACCCUCAUCGCCACGAUCUAAGUUCCAUGAUCAUGCUAAAGGAUAACCACGUCUGGGCUUGUGCUAAUAACGCCAGCAAUGCCACAACCACUGGAACUGGCACGGCAGCAGGAGUAAGCGAAGACGCAAUCGCAGCCGCCAUCCCCGCGGCAGUACAAGCCGCCAAAUCAGCAGGCGGAUUCUCGACAAAGGUCGAAGUCGAAGUACGCAGUAUCGAAGAAGCGAAUGCCGCUAUUAGUGCCGAUGCUGAUGUGAUUAUGCUUGACAAUUUCACAUCGGAGCAAGUGAAAAUCGCGGCAACGCAGCUCAAGACUGAAUGGGCGACAAAGGGGAAACCGAAAGGAACUUUUUUGAUUGAAGUUAGUGGUGGGUUGACGCCUGAAAAUGCAGCGGGGUUCGUGUGUGAGGAUGUGGAUAUUUUGUCGACGAGUUCGAUUCAUCAGGGGACGAGUAUCGUAGAUUUUUCGUUGAAGGUUUCGUUGAGAUAAUCCUAACUCGCAAGUGCAGAGAAGAUGGAUUAGACAGAAUGUAUCAUAUUAAGACCGAUACUAAAACUGCAUGAUAUAUUACAACUCCUAUAUUAUGAUAAUCAGAACAAAAGA